AAUAAGUAGUUACGUAGAAAAUUAUCUUUUAAAUUAUUGUAGAGGAAAAGAACAUUGAUAUGUAAUUUAGAAUCUAAAGUAUUGUAUGUCCCUUUGUACAUCAAGUGGCUUGUUAUAAUCUCUUGCGGGUCAAAGUGCACUUAGAUAAACCAUAAAUGCGUACGUGCUGUUAAAACUUGAUAGUUUAGUAAUUAUUUGCAAUGUCAGAAUUUGGGAAAUUUGGGCCUCUUGUUGGGGCUAUAGAUGAAGGGACUUCCAGUGCGCGAUUUAUAAUUUUCAAGGCUAACUCUGCCGAGGUUAUAGCUUAUCAUCAGAAAGAGCUGGAACAGCGGUUUCCACAGGAAGGAUGGGUGGAACAAGAUCCGUAUGCGAUUUUAGAAGUUGUUACGACCUGUAUACAAAAAGCUGUCGAAAAGUUGAUAGAUUUAGGAGGCAGUGUCAAGGACAUUGUAGCUGUGGGAGUGACAAACCAAAGGGAAACAACUAUUGUGUGGGACCGGGAGACUGGUAAGCCUCUAUACAAUGCCAUAGUAUGGCUUGACAUGCGGACUUCCUCAACAGUAGACAAACUACUCGAUACAGUGCCAAACAAGACCAAAAACAAGAAUUACCUAAAGCCCUUGUGCGGUCUCCCCCUGUCUCCAUACUUCAGCGCAGUCAAGUUGAGGUGGCUCUGCGACAACAUAGAGGCUGUGAAGGUCGCAAUGAGGAACGGCACAUGCUGCUUCGGAACUGUGGACACAUGGAUCAUUUGGAAUCUAACAGGAGGUCCAAAAGGUGGCGUCCAUGUCACAGAUGUCACCAAUGCUUCCCGCACUAUGUUGAUGAAUAUAGAAAAUCUAAGUUGGGACCCAUUGCUGCUAAGAUUCUUUGAAGUUCCUAAAUCAGUGUUGCCAAAAAUCAAAUCCAGUUCUGAGAUCUAUGGCCACAUAGCCGAUGGACCUCUCAAAUCUGUUCCUAUAUCUGGCUGCCUCGGGGACCAGCAAGCGGCUUUGGUCGGUCAAAUGUGCCUUCAAAAGGGUCAAGCUAAAGCGACAUACGGAACUGGUUGCUUUGUGCUAUACAAUACGGGCGAUAUUCGCGUGAACUCAAGACGGGGCCUGCUAACUACAGUGGCAUAUCAGCUGGGCGCCAAUAGUCCACCAAGUUAUGCUUUGGAAGGCUCAGUGGCCAUAGCUGGCGCGGCUCUAGGGUGGCUUCGGGACAACCUUGGUCUGAUAGAAGACGCCAAAGAGUCCCAGGCGUUAGCUGAAACAGCCACGGAGGACGGCAGCGUAGUUUUCGUACCGGCUUUCAGUGGUCUAUACGCACCUUAUUGGAGGCAGGACGCUAGAGGGGUGAUAUGCGGCAUGACCGAGGACACAAACUCAAACCACAUAGUGAAGGCGGCCCUGGAGGCAGUCUGCUACCAAGUGAGGGACAUCCUGGACGCCAUGAACGAGGACUGUGGCAUUCCACUGCAGCUGCUGAAGGUCGACGGUGGUAUGACAUCAAACGGCCUAGUGAUGCAAAUGCAAGCAGAUCUAAUCGGUAUCAACGUUAUACGAGCAGGUUUCGCUGAAAGUACCGCCUUGGGGGCAGCCAUGGCGGCCUACCGCGGCUUAGACGACGAGGCCCAAGUGACACCCAUACAAAUGGCUUCGGGGACCACGUAUGUGCCUAGAAUUACAGAGGACGAACGCGAUAUGAGAUACAAACAAUGGAAAAUGGCCGUCGACAGGUCUUUGGGGUGGGACCAAAAUUAAGGUCAUAGAUUUCGGAAUAAUAUAAGACUGUAGAAUUGUUAAAUAGUGAAUUAGGUCGUUGCCAUUGCUGAGACAUUACGAUUUCAUGUUGCAUCUCAAUUUUGACAUUUAGUUUACAGCUCUACAACUGCGCAGCAACUUGCGUGUGAAUCAGUGCAAUGACACGUAAUUCCUGUAGUUUCAAGUACAAGAUGCCAUUUCUAUUGUCUUACAUUACUCUAAUUUCUAUGGUAACGGUUCAAGUUCAAAGUGCGCUAUUUUUACAAAGAGAGAUAUAUAUUUUAUUAAUUAAGUGUAGUUGUAACUGAAAAGACAUGUCAAGUAUUGAGAAAUUAAUAGUCCGUUUUUAAUAGAAAAAAAACAUAUAAAGACAAAUUGAUAAUCGUUUUAGAAAACCGAUUUAUUUUCCUUUCGUUCAGAAGUUUCAAAAAAAAAAUACCGUUUGUUAUUCAUAUUACGAUUUUAAUUUAUAACUGAAUUAAAUUUUUUAACUUUUAGUUAAUAAAUAAAAGGCACCUAAAAAUUAUUUUUUACAAUAAGAGUCAUAAAAUCCUUUUACGUUUUUGACCUUAAUAUCUUAAAAAUACCUUUAAGAUGUACCUGUAAUAAACUAAGGAUAGUUAUAUUAACCAACAUUAACCUGUGAGUUUAUUUAAGAGUUAAAUUUAAAUGACAAACUAAUAACACUACAUAUGAAAGACAUAAUAUUAUGUAAUUUUAAUGUAAACAAUUAUAUUAUUGUAUAAUAAUAAUUAUGACUAUUCUACUACAAAAUUGCCUUAAAGCAAAUUUUAUCUUAUUUUGUAAAGAAUUUGCCAAAAGAUUAGCGACGUACCACUAAAGUGUGAAUUGCACCGUAGAAUUGUUAUAAUUAACAACAAAAAUUAUAUUUAGGUAACCAAAAAUUAACAGUAAUAUGCUGCAACUCACACUAAUAUUUAUAAGAUAUCUUAAUGUGUUUAACAUAAAUUGAGGCAUAUUAUUUAAUAAAGAGUUAAAAAGAACUUAAUUUAUUGAUAAACAUACCAAGAUUAUAUUAUUGAAAAUCUUAUCAUCAUAAAAUUAUUGAAAAACACAACCCAUUUGACGUAGGUUAAGUACAGGUAUACCUAUAUUACGAAUAUUUUUAUUAAGAUUGACGAAGAGUUUGAGGAACAAAUGUAGUGUAAAGUUAAAGUAACAUUUAAUCUGAAAUUUUCUUCAAAUUUAAUUUACUUCAAUACAUGGCCUUACUCGUUGGCACUAUAUAUAUAUUUUGUAGUAUAAAAUGUGGUUGUACAAAAUUAUGGUGGCUUCACAAGGUGCCUAAAUGUUACAGCCGAAACGACAAGUUAAUGUGCAAAAACAAUAAAAAAAAUAGUAUUAACUGGACAAAAUAAAUUCAAAGAACUAUUGUAAGUAAAUAAGAUUCCCGUACGAGUGUGCUCCUCGUGGGAAUUAAGUUCUAGAAUUAAAUCCUCCGUGCUACUAUAGUGAACAUUUCUACGCUCAAUCGUUACGGCUGCCCCUGGUCUGUCAAUCACUUAUACGUAAAUUUACUAUAAUGAUAGAAAUAUAAUACGUAGAAACUCUAUAAAGGUUAAGAAUUUCAUUUCUUUACUUCCAUGUACUUGGUUUGUGUAAGAUUUGAAAACCAAUGUUAACUCAUUACAAUGAGUUAACAUUGGUUUUCAAAUCUUACGCUAUUAUGCUAUGUUUAUGUUACAACAUAAACAUAGCAUAUAAUCACGUCUCGUCGCGCCAACAGUCUUCAAAAAACCGAAGGCCUACGUUCAGCUGUUUGGCACAAUGAGAGAAUUGAAAUUGUGACAGGUUGCUCUCUCAUUGUAUUUUCAUUUUAAACAUCACUGUCAAAAAUUACAAAAAAAAAAAUGUAACUUAACAACUGUUUCUAUUUCCUCCCCAUCCAUUGGUUGUAGCCAUAACCGAUAGUACCUCCCAUUAUACUUCUUAAUAUAUUCCAUACUAAUGUAUUAUUUUAGUGUGCAAUAAAGAGUUAUGAUACAUACUUUCAAAAUAAAAAAAAGAUGUUGAACAAAAUCGAUUGUAUUGACUUAAUGAUAAAUGACACCGAAAUGCUGUUCACAUAAUGGUUGUUACCUAAUAAGGUAUAGUUUUUUAAAAGAAUUUAUCGGGUAAAUGUAUUUGUGUAGGUAAGUACUAAGAAAAAAGAAAAUUUGAAAUUUGUAAGAAAGAAAAAUAUGUAAAUAAUAUUAAAAUAUCAUAGCGCUUUUUAUGUGAUUUACUUUCAGAGCUUGUUGUAUAUUUUUUUUAUUAUUUUAUGGCGAAUUUACUUCAAGCCGAUUAUGAAGUGAAUUUUACGAAACUAUAUAGUGACAAAAAGUUCUAAUAUAUUAUUAUAUUUAUAAUUGACAAAACAUUUUUAACAUGAAUUUAUUUUAUUAUAAUAAGGACGAAUGGCAAAGAUUAUUUUAAAAGUUUUAUUGGAAUACCAAUAGUGGAUAAAUAAAGUGUAAUAGUUAAAACGUCAAGAUUUAACACUUUUGUGCGUUCAUUUUUUACAACAAAGUAAGUCUCUGUAUUUUACCUGUACUGUACUGUACUUAGAUUUUAUAUUAAUACCUGUUUUCACCGACAUUAAAUGCAGAUUCUAUAAAUGAUCAAUAAACUUACACAGUCUUUACAAAUCCACAUAAUCUUCUCUUAAUUUUUAUUUUAAUUCGAUUCGACAAAGCAAACGAGUGCGGACAUUUUAGUUAACUCAGACCGCCGACGUUAAUCUAUUUCGCAGAACAUGUAAACCAAAUAAUAAAAUUAAUUAUUGUGUAUGGUAAUUUGAUCCUGAUUAGAAAAAUUUGCUAUAUUGCUGCAGAAUUAUAAACAAAUGCAGCCAAAGUUCAUGCCACCCGAUUGUUAAGUCCAAAAUGUUUGUAAUGGCGAAGUUAUUGUAACUUUGUUCAAUCAUUAGAUGUUAGUACAUAUUAAACAAUAUCCAGUUUAAUUUUAAUUAAUAUAAUAAAUUACAAUUGUAAUUAACCCCGCUAAAGUUAUUAAAUAUAAAUUAACACCUAAUAUAGCUGAACAUUUUUCUUAGCUGUAACAACGAUAGUAGAUUCGCAAUUUUAAUAUGUUAUUAUAAUUUCUGAACCAUGCAUUAUAAAAUCCAAUUUUGUUUGUGCCCGUAAAAGUUAGGUUAGAAUAUUCCAAAAAAAAUUCAGGCAAGGCCACGGAACCAGUUUUUCCAUUAAACUUACAAAAUUAAAAUAAAUUCCAAUUUUGUUCUCGUUGGACUCUAGAAAUAUUUGUAUUUGUUGUAAUCUGAUGCUGUAUUUAAUGUAAAUUUCGCUGUUGAAUAAACAAUGUUGAUUUA